AUGAAGUCUUCUUUCUUCUCGCUCUUGGCCCUCUCGCUGACCGCCCAGGCUCUCGCGCUCCCCACCGUCCACGAUCGCACUUUGCGCGAUUCCUCCAGGCUUGAACAACAACGCGCCGCCACUAAGAUUGAGUCCGGCUCGGCAGUCGAGCCAUCUAUCAACGUGCCCAUCGAGCAAUCCGAGGACAUGACCGUCAAGCACGAGAACCAUUUCACAGAGCGUGCGUCCCAAUCUAACGGUUCCAGCAAACCGGGCCCGACGUUUCAUACCGGCAGCAGAUAUGGCUAA